AUGGUACGACUAGCAGUUUAUGGUGGAGUUAGCACUCUCUUGUCCUUUUCGGUCAUUGCAGCUGCCUUUCGCCAAAGAAGUAAUUUCUAUGCAGCAAGCAUUUAUUUGUCGAAAUCUAGUGCAUGUAUGAUGAUCCUCAUGAAUAUGGGAUUUUUUCUAACAAUCGUAUUUGGUCAGAUACUUCAAACAAUAUUUUUUGGACGAUUACGCGCUGUAGAGAUCGAGAUGGAACAAUCACCGGUUGUGCCGAUAUCCUUUCACGUUCGAAUCGUUUCUUUAAUGGAGAUUUUAUGUGCCAUUGACAUAUAUUUAGUUUAUCACGCUGUUGAUGUCACAUUUAAGAAUGGCCAUCCAAACAUGAUGGUUAUGUUUGCAUUUGAAUAUUCUAUUCUUGCUGCCACAAUUAUAUCCACGCUGUUUAAAUAUGUCUUGAAUGUCAUUGAUAUGAGACGUGAUGAUCCAUGGGAAAAUAAAUCAAUAUACGUUUUCUAUCUGGAACUCGUGACCGAUUUCUUCAAAUUGAUCACCUAUCUUAUCUUUUUCGCAAUAAUUCUCGUAUAUUAUGGCAUCCCUCUACAUAUUAUUCGUGACGUAUACGUUACACUUCGUUCUUUCCUUCAAAAAUGUGGAGAUCUUAUUCGAUAUCGUCGCGCCACUAGGAAUAUGGACGAACGUUACCCUAAUGCAACUAAUGAUGAACUUGAGCGAUUAAGCGAUCGCACUUGUAUAAUAUGUAGAGAGGAAAUGGCUAGGCAAGGAAAUAAUGGACCAAGUGAUGUUCCCAAAAAAUUACCUUGUGGUCAUAUUUUUCAUUUUCAUUGCUUGCGUAGUUGGCUGGAAAGACAGCAGAGUUGUCCUACUUGUCGUAGACCCGUUUUGUCUGAACAGCAACCUACACCUACUCAACCACCACCACGUCCUAUACCACCUCAACACAAUAAUGGUCCACAACCUCCUCAGCCUCAACCACAAUUACCUGGAAUUCCUUUUGCGAAUCCUGGAUUCCUAACAAAUCCCAUCCCAGGAUUCCCCCCAGUGACAUUUUUUCCACCUCCAGGAAUGCAUGGACAGUGGCAUGGUCCACCUAAUCCUCUUGCUAACGUUAAUGAACGUAAUAUCGAUGGGCAGGCAAAUACGACGACGACAAGUCAAAAUACACAACAAUCUGCACAGCAAAGUACUUCUCAAAAUUCACAAAGCAGCACGCAACUUAACACACCUAAUGUCAUAAAUCCAGGAGAUCGAUCACUAAAUGAGGAAGAAUCUGCUCCAACAUCUGGUGCUCAAACAACAACUAAUCCGGAGCGAAGGCAAUCUCCAUCUGUGAUGCCUAGAUGGCCAUGGGAUCCAAACGUUGCAACAGCGUUUAGGCACUUAAAUUCUGCUCAGCCAUCAUCGAUAAACUACCAACCUUACGUAUCACAAUUUCCUCUACAUGUUCCACCUGGUUUAAUACCUCUUUUCCCUCUUUUACCCUUGAGAGAUAAUGGUACCACAAAUGCAGAAACCAAUAUAUUAAGUCACUUGUCAGAUGAUCAAAUACGCCUCCUAGAAACAACAACACGAGAGGCACUUGUUGAAAGGCUACGAAUAUUACAGGAAACUCAAGGGCAUCUAUACAAUGCUAUUAAUAUGCUAACACAAGUUAUAAGUGUACUACCUGAAGUUCCGGUGGCGGAAAUACGGAAAAAGUAUAACUAUUGCUGA